UUUCCUGUGUUGCACCUCUCCCCCAUCGGACGCUGCAUUAGGAAGGGGGGUGAUGAUCACCACGAGGAGAGGAGGAAAAAAAGAACUGGAAAACGAAAAGAAAAAAGAAAAGAAACAAGCCGGAGAGGAAGGAGAAACUGCGCACCACCCCUCCUCCCUCUAACCCACCUCAAUCAACCCAGCUACAACAGCCCCACUGCUCCCAGCACCCCCUUCUAUCCCUCACCCCACUCCCCCUCUGAAAAAAAUUGACGGAUUUUUGGGAAGUGCAUGGGAGGCAGGCUGCAGCUGCUGCUGUGUGUGCUUGCUGCUGCUGUGUGCUUUGCAGGGAUGGUGUGUGUGUGCGUUUGCAAUUGCUGCUGUUGCCACCGUGGAUGCUGAGGCUGGAGCGUGUGGCUAGUUAACAAGAGGAAGAAGCUAAUGAAGGCAGUGUGUGUUGCCUAGUCUUUUCAACCUUUGUCGCGCACUCCUGGAGGAGAGCAAAAAAAAAAUAACAAAGAAAGAAAAAUCAAGUGGACACAGUGCUAUGCUGAGUGGGGGAGCAAGAGGGCUGUCAGACUCACCAUCCGACCAAGUGACUGACCACUAAAAAGUGAACAGAGGAAUACAUAUGCGAAGGGUUUUUUGUUUGGUUUUUUUGUUUCAACCUCCACUCCUAACCAUCACAAGCGAAAGGCAAAGAACAUUGGAAAGGACUGUGGAAUUUUUCAUUCAACCUUCUCCAAUCCCACCCCCACCUAUCGCCUUCUUUUUGUCCUUUCUGCCUUGGCUUUCAGUGCUCAAAAAAAAAACUGUGUUUUUGUGUUUGUCUAUGCUAUGGAGACCUGUGUAAAGUGUCUAGCGGACAGAUCAACUGUCGGAUUCCAAGGACAAGUAAAAGAAGCGGAGCCGACAGCAAGAAGGGAGUAAGGGGGCACUGCUGCUUUGGGAGCCUGACUGGAUUUCUAUCUACAGUUUUUCUUUUUAUCUAAUCAAGGAGAAAAAACACUCGCUAAGGGCCUUCAAAUCUUUCUGUUUGGAUGUGUGGAUUUACAAAAGGGCUCAUCUUGAUUAAGCUCUUUGGCAUUAAUGCCUGUUUUGACAGAGCAAAUAAAAAAGGCAUUCUUGGCUCCUCUUGGAUAUAUUUACAACUGAUCUGAAUAUCACAGCUCUUGCUGAUUGCAAAAAGGAGGGAAACUAUAUCAGUUCAAGGACCUGUAAUAAUAACUUGAGAAAAGCCAGCUCUUUCAACCUUCUUCUGGCCAUGAGCACAGUCUGAGGAAAUAAAUGCCUUGCUUAACUGAGGAUAGGUCAAGUGCUCUUGCCCCUUAGCAAGCACCCUAAACCCAUAUUCUCCCCUCAACUUCUUCAGGUCCCUUAACCUGUUUAUUCUGGUCCCCUUAACACUAGUACCAGUACACCAGCUACUUUCCUAUCCCCAAAGCCCCAAACACCCCCAUCCUCCCCCCAGAUGAUGCUGAAUUAUGAAUGUGCCACAUCAUGAGUCUCCUGGGGCGGGUAGCUGUGCAUCGUGCCAGGAAAGCCGCCCUGCUCUGUGUAGUCUUCCUGAUGGCGCGUGUGUGGAGCAGCGCCUCCCCGGCCUUGGCGGGGGCGGCAGUGUCUCAAGGACCCCAGGGCUGUCCACCACAAUGUUCCUGCAGUAAUCAGCAGGGGAAGGUGGUUUGCAACGCUAUUGAGGCAGUGCAGGCUGACUCCUUCCGCCACCUGCACCACCUUGAGGUUCUCCAGCUUGGGCGAAAUGCCAUAAGGCAGAUUGAAGUGGGUGCAUUUAAUGGACUGACCAGCCUCAACACACUGGAGCUCUUUGAUAACCGGUUGACGGUAGUGCCCAGUGGGGCCUUUGAGUACCUGUCUAAACUGAGAGAACUGUGGCUGAGGAACAACCCCAUAGAGAGCAUCCCCUCCUAUGCGUUCAACCGAGUGCCCUCCCUUAUGCGACUGGACCUGGGAGAGUUAAGGAAACUGGAGUACAUCUCAGAGGGAGCUUUUGAGGGCCUACAAAACCUCAAGUACCUCAACCUGGGCAUGUGCAACAUAAGAGGUGAUAUGCCAAAUCUGAGCCCCCUGAAGGGCCUGGAGGAGUUGGAAAUCUCUGAAAAUCACUUCCCUGAGUUAAGACCAGGCUCCUUCAAAGGCCUGCGCUCACUGAAAAAGCUAUGGGUAAUGAACUCACAAAUCACAUUGAUAGAGCGCAAUGCUUUUGAUGACCUAACUUCAUUGGUGGAGCUAAAUCUCGCCCAUAAUAAUCUGAGCGCUGUGCCCCAUGAUCUGUUCUCACCGCUCAGGUACCUGGUAGAACUCCAUCUCCAUCAUAACCCUUGGAACUGUGGCUGUGAGGCUGUAUGGUUGGCACGUUGGCUUAGGGAGUACAUCCCUACUAACUCAACAUGCUGUGGACGCUGUCACUCACCUGCAAGCAUGAGAAGCCGACAGCUGGUUGAGGUGGACCGAGGUGAGGGUGCUGCAGUCCAGUGUUCUGCACCCUUCAUUGCCGAUGCACCAAGGGAUUUGAACACCUCAGCAGGGCGUGUGGCUGAGCUUCAUUGUCGCACUGCCCCAAUGUCAUCAGUGCGCUGGCUUCUACCCAAUGGGACUAUCUUAACACAUGCUUCUAGUCACCUGAGAAUAUCAGUCCUCAAUGAUGGUACCCUUAAUUUCUCAAAUGUCCUUGCAGCAGACACAGGCACUUAUAUCUGCAUGGUGUCCAACGCAGCUGGGAACUCCAAUGCCUCGGCCUACCUCAAUGUGAGUGCAGCCGAGCUUAAUACAUCCAACUUGAGUUACUUUACCACAGUGACUGUAGAGGUCUUGGGGUCAACCGCUGAGAUGCCCAAACCUAAAACCACUAUGGCCACAGCUGCUGCUGCGGGAGCUGGGGUGGCUGGAGGAGGAGGAGUAGGCCUAGGGACAACAACCACAACUGCCUCUCCUUCUGUCUUUCAGCCAGUCUUUAUUUCCACACCAACUGUGUUGCUGCAAAGCACCAACAGCCCAAAUGCAGCUAAGCCAUCUGUGGUGCCAGGACUCCAAGGUGCCACUGGCAAGCCAGGCAAGACUGGCCCUAGUCUGGAUGAAGUGAUGAAGACCACCAAGAUCAUAAUAGGUUGCUUUGUGGCAGUGACACUGUUGGCUGCUGUCAUGCUCAUUGCCUUCUACAAACUGAGAAAGCGCCACCAACAGAGGAGCACAGUGGCAGCUGCCCGCACUGUGGAGAUUAUCCAGGUGGAUGAGGAGGACCUUCCACCACCAGCAUCUGCAGCUCAAGAAACAGCUCUCACGUUGCCUGAAAUCCAGGACCAUAACAGCAUACACAAAUUGAACUUUAUCAGCCACAAGACUGAUUACAGCUUCCACAAGCCCAAGGCUGAAUACAAACCCCAGCCUGAUUUCACCCUUCACAAGCCAAAGGCUGAGUAUACUACAUACAAGCCAAAUAUAGACUUCAGUAGCCACAAAUCCAUUCCAGAUUACAUCACUCACAAAUCUACACCAGAUUUCAGCCUUCAUAGACCAAAGCCUGACUACAGCCCAUUUAGACAGGACUACAGUACACACAAACCUAUAGCAGAAUACAGCCCAUUUAAACCAGACUUUGGCACUCACCCAAAAUCUAAAACAGAAUACAGCCCUUUCAAAACAGAUUACAGCACUCACCCUAGGCAGAAAUCUGACUUCAGCCCAUUCAAACGGGAUUACUGCACCCAACCAAAACCUAAACAUGACUACAGCCCAUUAAAAUCAGACUACAAUACACAGCCUAAACUUAAGGCUGAAUACAGUCCAUUCAAACCAGACUUUGGCACUCACCCAAGACCUAAACCUGACUACAGCCCAUUUAAACCUGACUUUAGCACUCAGCCUAAACCCAAAACAGACUACAAUGCCCAGAGACCUAAAACUGACAUUACCAACAAGCCCAAGGAUCCCUACAUGCCCCAUAAGACCGCUACAGAUUACAGCACCUUUGAGACCGACUUCAGCCCCCACACAGUGGAUUACAGCGCCUUGAAAUCUGAUUUUAAUCCACACACUCAGAGACCUAAACUUGAUUAUAGUCCACACAAAGAGGACUACAGCCCAUAUAAGGUGGACUACGGCACUCUAAAGCCUAAAUAUAAUACCUAUAAACCAACUGGCCAUGGAGCUAAAUGGACAGACAACAAUGUUGGGAACUCUUUGCCUCGAACCUUGCCCAGCACCAUCACAGCAAUGGCUGAGCCCUUUGUCAUAAAAACACACACCAAGGAGAAGGUACAGGAAACUCAGAUUUAAAAAGCCCCACCUCCCAAAAGGCUUCUAUUCUGUUCCGUAGGUCCCUAGCUAACAACCAUCCCCUGUCCAAACACCCCCCUCCCCCCUUUGUCCUUUCCUCACAAAGUCAUGCAACAGAAUGCACAAUGAAAAAGGACAAGAACUACUUUUUUGUACAGUGUGCAAACUUAAAAAUACUGAUGAAUUCGU